AUGGAGUCUGAAUCCCCCCACCAACUGAAUGUCAUUUUUGUUCCAUAUCCAACUCCUGGACAUAUGAUCCCCAUGGUGGACACAGCAAGGCUAUUUGCAAAACAUGGUGUUAGUGUUACCAUUAUCACAACCCAUGCAAAUGCCUUAACAUUCCAAGAGGCCAUAGACAGUGACUUCAGUUAUGGAUACCCCAUCAGAACUCAAGUGAUCCAGUUCCCUGCAGCCCAAGUUGGACUCCCUGAAGGGGUUGAAAACCUCAAGGAUGGCACUUCCCUUGAAAUGUUGGGUAAAAUCAGUAGUGGAAUAAUUAUGCUCCAGGAUCAAAUUGAGCUUCUAUUUCAUGAUCUGAAACCGGAUUGUAUAGUGACCGAUAUGACUUCUCCUUGGACUGUCGAGUCAGCUGAAAAACUAGGAAUUCCAAGGCUUUACUUCUACAGCUCAAGCUGCUUCUCCAACUGUGCCAGUUAUUUUAUCAGGAAGUAUAGACCUCAUGAGAAAUUGGACUCUGGUACCCAGAAGUUUACAAUUCCUGGUUUGCCUGAAAGCAUAGAGAUGAGUCCUCUGCAGCUAGCUGAAUGGAUAAGGGCUAAGAGUGCUUACUCAAGCUAUUUUGAAGCAAUGUUUGAAUCAGAGAGCAGAAGCUAUGGGACAAUAUACAAUAGCUUUCAUGAACUUGAAAAUGAUUAUGAGAAACUCAGUAAUAGUGCAAUAGGGACCAAAUCUUGGAGUAUAGGACCAGUUGCAGCUUGGGCUAACAGAAAUGAUGAAAGAAAGGCCAAUGGGGGAACCAUUAGGGACCUUGAGAAAGAGCCAGAGUGGUUAAAUUGGCUUGAUUCUAAGAAAAAUGAGUCUGUGUUAUAUGUCAGUUUUGGAAGCCUAACCAGGCUCCCUCAAGCUCAGAUUGUUGAAAUUGCUCAUGGACUUGAAAAUUCAGGACAUGAUUUCAUGUGGGUCAUUAGGAAAAAAGAUGAAGAUGGAGAUGGAGAGAGUUUCCUGCUAGAAUUUGAACAAAGGAUGAAAGAAAGCAAAAUGGGCUACAUCAUAUGGAACUGGGCACCACAGCUUCUCAUAUUGGACCACCCUGCCAUUGGAGGAGUUGUGACUCACUGUGGUUGGAACUCAGUUCUUGAAAGCUUGAAUGCUGGUUUGCCGAUGAUCACAUGGCCCAUGUUUGCAGAGCAAUUUUACAAUGAGAGGUUGCUAGCUGAUGUUUUGAAGAUUGGGGUCCCAGUGGGAGUGAAGGAAAACAAGUUUUGGACCAGCAUGGGUGAAGAGGAAAUAGUGAGAAGGGAAGAGAUCUUGAAGGCUGUGGUUCUUUUGAUGGGAAGUGGCCAAGAGAGCAAAGAAAUAAGGAGGAGAGCAAGAGAACUUGGUGAUGCUGCCAAGAGGACUAUAGAGGAGGGUGGACACUCAUACAACAACUUGAUUCAGUUGAUAGAUGAGCUAAAAUCACUGAAGAUAUCUAGUGCACUUGCCAAAAGUAAACUAGAUGAUUGA